AUGAUUGAGUUCUAUGAACAAUUUGGGACAUUAGUAUUUAUUAUUACAGCAUCAUUUAUUAUUAAAAUUAUUUGGUUUAGAGGGAUUGUGAGAGAAAGUAGUGGAUUAUUAAUGAAAAUAAUGUUUAAUUUAACCUUUCCAUUUGUUAUAUUAAAAGCAUUAAUUAAUACGCACAGUCUAGAUAUUGAGUCACUAGCAAUGUUUAUAUCAGGAUUUAUAUUUCAAAUAAGUAUAGGAUUAAUUUCUUUUAUUAUUUUUAAGUUUAUAAUAAAAAAUGAUAUUGCAUGGCAAGUUGAAUUUGGUGGAUGUAUUGGACUAAAUAUUGGACUUUUCUUAUUUCCAAUAUUAGAAACGUUAGACCCUGUUAAUGGGAUUACACAUGCUAUUUUAUUUAAUAUUAGUAAUGAUGUUGCUUGUUAUUUAGUGCUUAGACCUUUAUUUGCUUUAAUUGAAAAUAGUAAAGAGGAUGAUGAAAAACAAAAUGAAAUAACUGAUAUUCAAGUUGAAUUAAAAGAGUCUCAAAUAAUAGAAAAUGAAUUAAAAGGUGAUGAACGUAAAUCAUUGGAUAAUGAUUCCUUUGAUAUUAAAGGAACUCCAACUUUAGAAAGUUCAAUUAUUGCUUCUCCAAGUGAAGAAUCAAUAAUGAGAACUUCAUUGGAUUUAUAUCCAAAUAAACCAACUGAUUUUAUUAAAUAUGGACAAAAGAAAACUUUAAGAAAUGAAAAACAAAAAUGGCAUGAAAUUAUUAAAAAAAUUAUUAUCUCUUUGAUUACUUGUGUACCUUUAUAUGUUAUGCCAAUUGGCUAUUAUAUUGGUUUAAAUAAUAUUAAAUUACCUCGUUUUAUUAAUAAUAUUAUUAUUACAAUAUCAUCAGGAAAUACAUUAAUGGCUUAUAACUUAUUAGGACUCUUUUUUGAAUGGAAAAAUUCUUGGCAAACUACUAAACUUGCUCUACAAGCUCUUAUUGUUCGUUUAAUUGUUGGAAUAUCUAUUGGUGUUGGUUUAUAUUUUGCAUUGUCUUCAUAUAUCACUCAAUUAACUAGAUUAACAAUUACAUUAUGUUGUGUUUGUCCAGCACCAUUACUAAGUAUUAUUUAUAGCGUAGAAUAUAAUGUUACUCGAUUAGAUGUAAGUGCUGCAAUUGUUAGUUUUUCUGUAGUAACGAGUUUCAUUACAGUAUUUAUUCUUACUACUUUAUUAUCUUCUUAUUAG